AUUGACGUCCCCCAGCCCCCCCAGGGCCCCCGCGGCCACCCUCCCAUGGCCGGAGCGUCGCGUCGCCUGGCGCGCUGAGCGAGCGGGACCUGCCCCGCCGCGAGCGCCGCGCGUCACCAUGUCCAUGCUGCCGACGUUCGGCUUCACGCAGGAGCAAGUGGCGUGCGUGUGCGAGGUGCUGCAGCAGGGCGGCAACAUCGAGCGCCUGGGCCGCUUCCUGUGGUCGCUGCCGGCCUGCGAGCACCUGCACAAGAACGAGAGCGUGCUGAAGGCCAAGGCGGUGGUGGCCUUCCACCGCGGCAACUUCCGCGAGCUCUACAAGAUCCUGGAGAGCCACCAGUUCUCGGCGCACAACCACCCCAAGCUGCAGCAGCUGUGGCUCAAGGCGCACUACAUCGAGGCGGAGAAGCUGCGCGGGCGGCCGCUGGGCGCCGUGGGCAAGUACCGCGUGCGCCGCAAGUUCCCGCUGCCGCGCUCCAUCUGGGACGGCGAGGAGACCAGCUACUGCUUCAAGGAGAAGAGCCGCAGCGUACUGCGCGAGUGGUACACGCACAACCCCUACCCGUCCCCGCGCGAGAAGCGCGAGCUGGCCGAGGCCACCGGACUCACCACCACGCAGGUCAGCAACUGGUUCAAGAACCGCCGCCAGCGGGACCGCGCCGCCGAGGCCAAGGAGAGGGAGAACAAUGAAAACUCCAACAACAACAACAACAAUAACGGCGGCGGCGGCAAUGCGCUGACUUCGUCGCUGAACGGAACUAAAACUCUUUUGGGCAGCUCGGACGACGACAAAACGCCCGCGGGCACGCCGGACCACCGCCCUUCGCCCAGCCCGGCGCUGCUGCUCGGCUCGGCCGGCGGCGGCGGCGGCGGCGGCGGAGGAGGGCAGCUGGCCCCCUUGCACGGCCUGCCGCCCCCGCCCGGACCCGCCGCCGUCCCCGUGGACGGCGGCGCUGACUCGGCCCACCGUCACCAACACCCCCACCACCAUCACCACCAUCACCAUCCUCUUCCUCCUCCUCAUCAUCAUCAUCCUCACCACCACGCGAUGCAUCACGACACCAUUCUGAACCCGAUGUCGUCCAACUUGGUGGACUUGGGAUCGUAGAAGAAGGCUUUGGAGGAGGACGACAUGCACAAGUGUGCCGGUGGGAUUUUAUUGUCUUUUUUUGGGUGGGGGGUGGGGGUGUGAAAGAAAGCACUUAAAAAAAGGAGGACAUUCUCUCUUCAAUUGGCACCAAAGGUGAGGCGGGUCCAUUGGGUGGAAAAACGCCAAAGUAUUUGAGCAAAAUGGAACUCGCCAAAUCAAAACGUCUUAAUGAUUGCAAACUGUUUUUUUUUUCUCGGUGGGUCGCGUGUAUUUUUCUUGGUUUACAGGCUUUUCCAAGCGAGCCCAACUUGUUUAGUUUUGGUUUUUAUGCUGCGGGGAAAAGAGGAGUCGCGCGUCCUCCUCGAGCGUCUUCGAUAAAGAGCCGCGAUGAGAUGAAAUAUCUUUGACUAAUCUCUUGAUAUUAUGAUUACUAUGAUCAUCAUUUGGAGAAAAGAAAAAAAAAGACUGCAUGUGAAGUUGACACGAUGAAGCCUCAAAGGAGUCGCCUAUAGUUUCUUAUACCCUUUACAAUAAAAACACAAGAAACGUGAAU